GGAAUUCACUAUAUAUGAAAAGCAAGUGCAUAUGGUUAAUUAAGUGAUCAGUGGGAACAAAAGUUGACUUAGCAACAAGUGUUUUGCAUUCCGAUCUGUGGUGAGUUUCUGACAACAACUAUGGCGGAAUCAUUUCUCUUCAGCAUCGCAGAGUCACUCAUGGUAAAGCUUGCUUCUCGGGCUUACGAAGAAGCUUCUCAGGUGCUGGGUGUAUAUGAUGAACUCAAAGAGUUUAACGGAACUCUCUCAAUAGUGAAGGCUGUGCUGUUAGAUGCUGACCAAAAGCAGGAGCAGAAUCAUGAAUUGCAAGAAUGGCUGAAGCAGAUCAAACGUGUCUUCUACGAUGCUGAAGAUGUGUUGGAUGAAUUUGAGUGCCAAACACUACGAAAGCAAGUGGUCAAAACUCAUGGUACCACCAAAGACAAGGUAGGUCACUUCUUCUCAAGCUCUAAUCCACUUGUUUUUCGUUAUAGGAUGGCUCACAAAAUUAAAGAUAUCAGCAAGAGGCUUGACAAGGUUGCAGCUGAUAGGCAUAAGUUUGGCCUUCAAAUAAUUCAUGUUGACACACGUGUUGUGCAUACGAGAGAAUUGACACACUCUCGUGUGGUUAAUUCAGAUGUUAUAGGAAGAGAACAAGAUAAAGAAAAGAUUAUAAAGCUUUUAAUGCAGGAGAAUUCUAAUGAUGAUGAUAAAAGUCUAUCUGUUAUCCCCAUCAUGGGGAUGGGAGGCUUGGGAAAGACAACACUUGCAAAGAUUGUGUUCAAUGAUGAGAGAACAAUUGAUUAUUUCUCAUUGAAAAUGUGGGUGUGUGUUUCUGAUGACUUUGAUAUUAAGCAACUAAUUAUCAAAAUCAUCAAUUCUGCUGUUGAUUUUGUUUCUCCUGAUGCUCCUCCUCUCCAACAAAAUUUAAAUAUGUUGGAUCUGGAGCAACUGCAAAGUCAACUGAUAAACAAACUUGUCGGUCAAAGAUUUUUACUUGUCUUAGAUGAUGUAUGGAACGAUGACCGUGUUAAAUGGAUUGAAUUGAGAAAUUUCAUACAAGUAGGUGCAGCAGGAAGUAAAAUUUUAGUGACUACACGAAGUCAAACAAUUGCUUUCAUGAUGGGAACUGUUCCCGCUCACAUUUUAGAAGGUCUUUCCCCAGAAGAUUCAUUAUCUUUAUUUGUCAAAUGGGCAUUUAAAGAAGGAGAAGAGGAAAAACAUACUCAUUUAGUAAAUAUUGGGAGAGAAAUUGUGAAAAGAUGUAAAGGGGUUCCAUUGGCUGUGAGAACAUUAGGGAGUUCACUAUUUUCGAAAGUUGGGACAAAUGAGUGGGAAAAUGUGAGAGAUAGUGAAAUUUGGAAUAUUCCACAGAAAAAAGGUGACAUUUUACCUGCACUUAAAUUAAGUUAUGAUCUCAUGCCUUCCUAUUUGAGGCAAUGCUUUGCAUUGUUUUCCCUUUACCCAAAGGAUUAUCAAUUUUCUAAUAUGGGGUUAACUGGGCUUUGGUCAGCACUUGGCCUCCUUGCUUCACAGAACAAGAAUAGGACACCGGAAGAUGUUGCCAAUCAAUAUUUGUAUGAAUUGUUGUCAAAAUCUUUUCUUCAAGAUUUUUAUGACCUUGGCACUCUUUUUUUAUUUAAAAUACAUGAUUUGGUGCAUGAUCUUGCUCUAUUUAUUGCAAAGGAUGAGUGUCUAUUUAUAAAUUCUCCCAAUCAAAAUAUUCCUGACAAUGUUCGACAUCUAUCUUUUGCUGAGUACAAUUUAGUUGAUAAUUUACUCACCACAAAAUCAGUGGUUGUGAGAAGCAUAUUGUUUCCAAAUGGUGCAAUAGGAGCCAACAUUGAGGCUAUGCUAAAUAUUUGUUUGUCAAAGUUCAAAUGCUUGCGAGUUUUAGAUUUAAGUUGUUCCACAUGCAAAACUUUGCCUCGUUCCAUUGGCAAGUUAAAACACUUGAGAUAUUUCAGCAUUGCGAAUAAUCACAAUAUUAAAAGUCUCCCCAACUCUAUUUGCAAGCUCCAACAUUUACAAGCUUUGGACCUUAGUGGAUGCACGGAGCUGGAAGCAUUGCCCAAAGGAUUAAGAAAAUUGAUCAAUCUGCUAGUUUUGGAGAUAACCACAAAGCAAUCUAUUCUUCCCGACAAUGAGAUUGCCAACUUGAGCAUGCUUACAUAUUUGACUAUUAAUUCAAGCCAAAAUGUGGAGUCUAUCUUUGGAGGUGUGAAAUUCCCUGCUCUUAAAACAUUAGCUCUUUGUGAUUGUCCAAGUCUAAAGUCUUUGCCACUAAAUGUUGAAAAAAUUCCUAAUUUAGAAACUUUGUUAAUCAAAGAUUGUGGUAAUUUGGACUUGGAUCCUUGGAAGGACAACCAUGAAGAACAAAACAGCAAUUUGAAGUUAAGAUAUGUUCAAUUUGUGGAUUUACCACAACUGGUGGUCUUGCCUCAAUGGCUUCAAGAAACUAUCAACUCAUUACAGUUAUUAUCUAUUUCAAACUGCAACAAUCUUGAAAUGCUUCCAGAGUGGUUGUCAACUCUAACUAAUUUGAAAACACUCAGUAUAAUGGGUUGUCCAAAACUUCUAUCUCUCCCAGAUAACAUUCAUCACCUCACCACACUUGAAUUUUUGAAGAUUGAAGGUUGCCGUGAAUUAAGUAGAAAAUAUCAGCCCUAUGUUGGAGAGUUUUGGUUCAAAUUAUCACAUAUUAAAAAAGUUUUCAUUGAAGAACCAUAAGAAAUAAAUGGAGAGAAAGAAAAAAAGGAAGAGUAAGACGAAGAGGAAUGUUUUAAUGAAAUAGAGAUGAAUUGAAGCCUUGUUUUACUUAUUUCUUAUAAUGGGGGUGUUUUCUAUUAUGUAGACUAUUGUUCUUGAUGGUUUUCUUAAUUUGUUUUGAACUUUUCGUGAGUAUAUUAUUAAGUUCACAUCAAAUUGUACUUGGA